AUGGAUAAGAUUUGUUGUCCUAAAAAAGUUGGUGGUUUGAAUAUAAAGGGAUGCAGGAACUGGAAUAUAGCUUCUGUUGGGAAAUUGUUAUGGCAAUUAUCUGAGAAGAAGGACUCUUUGUGGGUGAGAUGGGCUCAUGGUAUUUAUAUAAAGGCUGAUGGAAAUAUUUGGGCGCACAAGGCUCCUGUUGACAGUAGCUGGAGUUAUAAUAAGUUACUAGGACAACAAAGAAGAUGGAGGAUAGCUGAAUUGGUAUGGACUGUUGUUGCUCAGCCUAAACACAGGUUCAUAUUGUGGUUAGCUGAACAAAGAAGAUUAUUGACAAAGGAAAGGUUAGCUAAUAUGCAUAUCCCAGUUGAAGAUGGUACAUGUUGUUUAUGCAAUGGACAACAGAUAGAAACUACAAUGCAUUUAUUUGCUGAGUGUGACUGGCUUAAGCAAGUAAGCUCAAAAAUACUGACAUGGGAUGAUGUGCAGCUACUACCAGGUGAAGUUAAGCAAGUGCUGGAAAGUAUCAAAGCUAAGCAUUGGAAGCCAUUCAAAAAAGAGAUAGUGGCUGCUGCAGACAUAGUGAUAGUCCAGAUCGAGAAGGAAAUUGUAGUGAGAUUAGACCUUCUUAAGUUGUCUAGGAAAGCUCAUAGGUGUCGAGGAUACAUACAGAAAUUGAUUUGGAAAUACGAAAAGAAGAAUACGCAUUUUGUACUCAUUGCCUCUGUCUGUGCACUGCUAUUGGUGGCAUUAAUAUGUUUCUGCGGCUAUUUCCUCUGCAAGAAACUGCGUACAAAUGACGGCAGAGGCCUCACAGUGGAUGUUGGUACAGGUGCAUCCGUUGUGAUGUUUCAUGGAGAUUUGCCUUACUCUUCGAAGGAUAUCAUCGACAAGUUAGAGGCGCUGACCGAAGAAGAGAUAAUUGGCUUGGGGCCUUUUGGAACAACUUACAAGCUCAGGAUGGAUGAUGGCAACAUAUUUGCUAUCAAGAUGAAGAAGGGAUUUGAUAGAUAUUUUUCGAGAGAGCUUGAAAUUCUUGGAAGCCUUAAACACCGUUACAUGGUAAAUCUGCGAGGUUAUUGCAAUUCACCAACAUUGAAGUUCUUGAUGUUUGACUUCUUAUCCGGAGGUAGCUUAGAUGAAGUUCUGCAUGAGAGAUCUGAGCAACUAGACUGGAACACACGGUUGAUUAUAAUAAUGGGAGCUGCAAAAGCGUUGGCAUAUUUACAUCAUGAUUGCUGGCCUCGAAUUAUACAUGGAGACAUAAAGUCUAGUAACAUUUUGCUUGAUGGAAAUUUUGAGGCUCGACUAUCUGAUUUUGGACUGGCCAAAUUCCUGGAGGAUGAGGAGUCUGACAUCACAACCAUUGUAGCUGGCACAUUUGGGUAUUUGGAUCCAGAUUACAUGCAGAGUGGUAGAGCUACAGAAAAGAGUGAUGUUUAUAGUUUCGGAGUUUUGGUUCUUGAAGUGGUAAGUGGGAAGCGGCCCACUGAUGCAUCAUUCACUGACAAGGGCGUCAACAUUGCUGGCUGGUUGAAAUUUCUAGCUACGGAAAAUAAACAGCGGGAUAUGGUUGAUCCACAUUGUCGACUGGUAAAGACGGAAAGCUUGGAUGCAUUGCUUUCCGUUGCCACACAAUGUGUCUCUUCCAAUCCCGAGGAGAGGCCAACUAUGCAGACAAUCGUACAAAUUAUUGAUACGAUUGUCUCACCUUGCCCCAGCAAUUCAAACUCCGACGGAUGA